AGUUUCUGGACAGAGCGGGGACAGAAACACAGAGAUAAAGACAGAGGAAGAGAUACUCCGAUGUGUUUCCUUCACUGACCUCAUGCUCUGGGUUCAUAUGCUGUCAAUGUCAAAGUUGCAUGUCAGAAAUAAAACCAGUAAACCUUUCGAAUACACAACAAGCUCAGUCAGACUUGGCUGAAACAAAAACAACCACCAAUGACAAACCCCUGUUAGGAAGCUGUAUCAAACAGUUCAGUUCGUUGGAAAGGUGUUGUCCGUUCAUCCGUCCCAUUCUGGUAAACGUGAUAUCUACAUAAAACCUUGAGGGAAUUCAUCCAAAUUUCAACAUUCACUUGGACUCAAAGAUGAACUGAUUAGAUUUGGUGAGAGAUUCACAAGCGAAUUAACUGCGACAGGUUGGCGGAGGCAUGCAACCACAAGGCUGUAAUUCUAAUUUAGAAUACGAAUCACAGACCUUAUGUACUUUACAUUACAGCCGACCGUUUUUCAACAUGUAACACAGGUUAUCAAAGUUUUUAGAUUUACUUCCUGGCUUCAAGAUAAGCACAAAAGCCCGUUCAUAGCUCUCUGGUGCUGCAUACCCUUCGCCAUCGCCUGACGUACGCCUCCCUAGAAAUGUAACUAUACAUCGGAGCAACACAGACAGCAGCAGCUCUCUGUUUGGUAGCAUUGCAUUUCCAUCCAUCCAUCCAUUAUCUAUAGUGCUUAUAGAUAGAAAGAAACUCAACAGUUGCACAGAAAUUGCAUCAUCAACUAACAUAACACACUGGAGCACAAGUAUAAAUGCUCAAAAUGGUGAAGGCCACUGCACAGAAGUAGUUUUAGUUUAGUUUUGCAGAAUUUAGACAAAAACUAAAAAACUAAAGCACUGGACAAAAUAAAAUUGGAUCGGACGAUGACGUUAGAUGAUAAGUUAAGGGCUCAUCAGAGUUAUUGCAGUUCACUCUGAGGGGGGAUGUGAAUGUUUGUGCAAUUUAAUCUUAAUCUAUCAAGUGUUUUUAGAUAUUUUAGUCACCAAACAACCCUGCUAUCCUUAGAGCCACAGCAUUAGUGUGGCUAAAAAUAACAUUCACUGUGAUGGGUUAUCUUCCUGCAGCUCUCUGUUAGUUGAUUUUCAUUACGUCGUGGAAUGAAAUGAACCCAAUGGCUGUCUGGAAGCUUAAGAGCUUUGGACCACAGUAGUAUUCGUAGCUUCACACAAGGAAAACACACAGUUUGCAUCAAAUAUGUUUUUAUGUUUGUUAGUAACUUGCAAAUGUACUAAUGUACUAUUGGAAGUCAAAGACUGUCAGCCAUGUUUGCAAAUAAGUGAACUUGAUCACUGAAUAAUAAUAAAGUGUCUGUCCACCUCCUGCAGGCCAGCAGCUGCCUGCAGAGCCCAGGGAGAGAGUCUAACGUUGGGCUGAAAGAGCCGGCUGAUGCCCCCUGUCCUCACCAUCAGACACCUGACGUCCCACAGCUCCCGCCCCCAGCACACCAAACUGGAACAUGCUAUAGCCACCUGACAGCCAAUCAAAAUGAUGGCCUCGGUGGUUGUCGGGGGCAACCGGAAGAGGUCUCUAACGUUGAGAGGAGUGGACCCGGAGACCUGCAUGAUAGUGUUCAAGAACCACUGGGCACAGGUGGUGAAGAUCCUGGAGAAACACGAGCCGAGUCGCAGCGCCACUGGUGCCCUGAGUUUCCUCUCUGGUCAUGCUAGCAGCAGUAGCUCUGGAGCGUUACGCCUCGGCCCCAUCCCGGCUGACGAAGCCAGCGCCGUCCAGAACUACGUGGAACACAUGCUCUUCCUGCUGAUGGAGGAAGAGGCAGGGCAAGGAGGAGCGAUGGGUCCCAUCCUGGAGUUCGUGGUUCUGGAGGGUGUGAUGGAGAGGCUGUUUCUGUGGAGCCUGAGGAGACAGUUUACUGAGGACAUGAAGCUGGAGCAGCUCAGGAUGUACCAGAUGCUUCUGUCUCAGGCCCGACAGCCUCUGCUGCACCAUAAACCUGUUCUACGACCGCUCAUGAUGCUGCUGGCCUCCUGUGCCGGAGCUGGAACUGACAGUGGCGGUGUGGUGGAGGUGGAGCUGGUCCUCCUGUUGAACCAGCUGUGUGUGGCUCUGGUCAAAGAUCCCUCAGUGCUGGAACUGUUCUUCCACACCAGUGAGGACCAGGGAGCCGCCAACUUCCUGCUCUUCUCCCUGCUCAUACCAUAUACACACAGACAGGGUUCGGUCGGUCAGCAGGCCAGAGAUGCUCUGCUGCUCAUCAUGUCUCUGUCGGCCUCUGAGCCUCGAGUCGCCCAGCACAUCAGCGAGAACACAUACUUCUGUCCUGUGUUGGCCACAGGUCUGUCUGGUCUGUACUCGUCUCUUCCGGCCAGGCUGCAGGUUUACAGCGAAGACUGGCACUGUCUGGACCAGGCCGACUGGCAGCAGGUUCCAGCUCUCGUCCACUUCCUGCACUCACUGGACUUCUGUAGCACUGUUACCAAGGUCGCUCAUCCCUCCAUCCGGUCUCAGUUGCUGGCUUACAUCUAUAAUGGCUUCCUGGUUCCUGUACUGGCUCCUGCUCUGCACAAGCUGACUGUGGAGGAGGUGAUGACCACAACAGCGUACCUGGACCUGUUCCUGCGCUCCAUCUCUGAGCCCGCCCUCCUCCAGACCUUCCUGUCCUUCAUCCUGCUGCACACACAUGACAAUGUUCACAUACUAGACACACUGGUCAGCAGGGUCAACACACCCUUUCAGUUGGGUACAGUGUCGCUGGCUCUGUUCAGGACUCUGAUUGGUCUGUUCUGUGAAGAUGUUAUGCUGCAGCUGGUGUUCAGGUAUCUGAUUCCCUGUAGCCACCUGAGCAGGAAGCAGCGCUCCUCCUUAAAGCAGAGAGACUGUUACUCCUCUAGCGCUGCCUCCUUCCUGCUUCUCAUGCCCUCCUGGUGCCCGGUGUACCUCCACAACACAAACACACACUCACAAUCUGAGCAUAUCCACUGGCCCAAAGGAGCAGAUCUGUCAGUAUCAGACAGUGUUGGUUACUGUCGAGGUUCAGAAUUUCUGAUGGAUGUAAACUACCUCCACUACCUUUGGGACGCCUGCCAGGCCAUCUCCACAUCCCACAGGGCAUGUCAGCUCUGGUCAGCCCCAUAUGACGGGAUCAACCCUUUGCCUGAGGAAUACCGAUCUGACACACCAGGGGACGACAUAGAGGAUGAGGAAGAACUCAUACAGAGAGUCAAGAGUGACUCCAUCUGCUCUUUGGUCAACACUCCUCCUCCCUCAGCCCUGUCCCCAACCCCCUCUUCCUCAGAUACCGUCUCCACAGGCAACCAGGCAGGAAGAGUUAGUUCUGCCCUGGAGCUGGAGUGGGAUGACAUUUUUGCAGAUGACGAUCCCUCUUCAGCAGAGUUAAACACAGGACUAGCUAAUGGUGACGUGGGUACAUCUACACCAGCACCUCUACCUCCUCGACACAUCCAGGAAAUGCGACGCAGUGCAAUCAAGUUGGUGCAUGGCUCGUAUGUGGAGGAAUCCGAGUUUCAGGACGAUGUUCAGGUCUACGAUCUAGUUGCCCAGAAGGACACAAAGGCGGCCAUUUUGGAGCGAAUCAUGGCAGCAAAUCGACGGGCACGUGAAAGCAUCUCAAAUGGUCAGCGAGUGUCAACAGCAGUGACAACGACAACGUUAACAACAAUGUUAACAACAACAGGGAGGACGGUAAUGGAAACCGUUAACAAUAUUAUGUCGACGAGGAGGAGGAGCGAGGAUGGAGGGAAGGAGGAGAGAAGGAGUGAAGAUUAUGGGAAGGAGGUGAGGAGGAGUGAGGACUGUGGAAAGGAGACAGGGAGAAGGAAGGAGGAAGAAGAAGAUGAGAAAAACAGGAUAGAUGUACAAGGAGUGCUGAAAGGACAUCAAGUUUUCACCAAUGGUUUUAAUGCAAAGAAUCACAUCAUCGACGAAUGUGAUGACGCUGAUGAAGACGACCAGUCCUUUAAGAAAAACUGUAACCUCAGUGAUUUAACAACGAUUAUCAAUCACAAGCAAACAGCACACCAACAGCAUAUACACCACAACACACAACAUCCCACACCAUGUUUAGUGGCAAACGCUUUGACUAAUGGUAAUCAUGAAUCUGAGCCACAUAACCCAUUAGUUUCUGCAACCAAUGCCAAGUCUCCAAGCAUGCCUGAUAACAAAGUCACCAAUAACGACGACUUCCUGUCCCAAUACCAUGAACUCAUGCUCUCCUUCGGGGUGGAGCCAGACUGUGACCACAUCACAGACAACAUCAGCACAUUUAGGAGGCGGGUCCGAGCGCUGAGGCAAAAACUGGAAGAGGAGGAAGAGGGCCUUGGCGAAGAAUUUGUUUUUAGCUCUUCAUGGGAUGAUGAAGAGGUGGAGGGAGAGGAGGAGGAGGCAAUGGAAGAGGAAAAUAAGGAAGAGGAAACAGGGAGCAGCACUAAGAAAGACAGCAGGGGGCACGGAGUUCCAUUUACAGGUCCGUUCAUCAGUGUCCUGUUGUCCCGACUUGAGAACCUUCUGGAAAACUCCAUCGCUGUAAACCUGCUGGUGACGGGCAUCCUGGCUCAGCUGGCGUCGUACCCACAACCCCUGCUGAGAUCCUUCCUGCUCAGCACAGACACAACACACAACCAACCCAACGUACGCACACUGUAUCAGGUGUUGGUGUCAGUGCAUGGUCAGAUUGAGCGCUAUGUGGCAGCCAGACCAGACUAUCCAGCCCUGGUCACUCAGGCCUGGAGGUUCUUGUUGGCUAAAGACCAAGACAGCAAGUUUAGAGAGUGCCUCGAGUCUCAGGGCGGAGACAUCAUCCUGGACCCAUCUCUUCCUAAUGGUUCUGUGAGGAACGCCCUGGCUUUGCCCCCUCUUGGUGUCUUGCCGCCCUGCCCUCCGAUCCCCCCUCAAGCCAAGAGCCGAGUGUUUGCCAUCGUCCUGUACGCUGAGUUCCUCAAAGAGCUGGCUGCCAUCGCACAGGAGCACAGCAUUGCACUAGACUGUUCUGCCGAGGAGUAACAGGAGUGCUGGUGGUUUUUAACUGCUCCUCCUCUAAAAAUCUGCUUGUGAAGUUGCCAUCGAUGUGCCAGUGACCCAGGCACUGCUAAAAACGUAUCGAAGGAGCUGCUAAGUGGCCACCAGCAGAAGACUGACGGUUUGUAAAAGUCGUACAAGCACAAAACAUGCAACACAAUGUGUAUUAUAUUCUGUGAUGAAUAAUACAAAAUUUGUGAGUAAAUUAUAAUGUUUUUAUGCAUAGAUUUGUAUGUACACUAUAUAUAUAUUCCUGGCAGCACUUGAAUAUUUUGAUGUUUCCCCCAUGUGAAUAUGGGUGAUAUUUAUGUUAAUGAAAAUUAUUUGAAGGAGAUCACUUUGAAGAUAAAUCAUGUUCAGUUUUCUAUAUAUUUGUGGGGUCAAUGCAAAUAGUUUUCUACACUGUUUUCUGAAAUCUUUGCACUUAUUUCUUGAUAUGAUAAAAAGUCAAAUAUUUGGUUGUUAAACUGUUCUAAUAGAAAAUGCAGAGGACCUUACUCCGGUCAUUUUAAACAACCUCCUGCUCAGGAUGGUAAGCUUGCUGCAUAACACUAGCAUAAAAAUAAUACUAACGUAACAAUAGCCACUGUGGCCACAAGUGAUAAUAGGAUCAGUUACAUAGACUUAAUUUAAAGUGAUUUUACACUAAAUUUGACUUCAAUAGAUCAACAAUAUCACAAACAACAACCACAAAUUGCCUUUAGGCAAGUUAGCUAUCCUACUAGCUAGUAAGCUACUAGCUAGCUGCUUGCGGGCUGAAGUAAAUUUAAUCUGAAGUCAUAAAUUAACAUUUAAAAACAAAGCUGAUUCAAAAUAUUAUUUCUUUUUUGUUGACAAACUGUUUCUCUUCAGAAAUGCAUCUUAAAUUUUGUUCCUCCUGUCUUGUAAUUGUGGUUUCACUUAUAUUUCAGUUAACCUUGGAGAGUUUAAUUAAUCUAUUUUGUCUUACUACUAUCUGAAAAUCUGAAACUUAAGUGGUGAAAUGGUUUUUCUGUCGUGUCCUUUGUAUGCACACACACCCUUACAGAGUAAAUGAAAAGCCUUAAACUUUAACCGACAAAGAGAUUUUAGUGCAAUAUACCAGCAAAAAUGAAAUUAAGAUGUAUCUUAUGCAAAUAUCAGAUCUGGGAUUUAUCUCAUUUGCACUUCUACUAUCUGUGUGUUUCAUUGUUUCUAAUGUAAUUUGUGUGAUUUUUUUCAAUAAAUUUCUUUAUUUUUGUUCCUUUUC